AUACAUUCCUAUUGACUUUUGCGAGUCACAGUCGCUCUAAGUUUGUGUGAAACUAAAAAGAUUGUCUGCUAAAAAGCAAGAAAUUCCAGUAUUACAAAGGAUUCCUAUCGUUGAAAUUGAAUUUUCUUGAAAAAUCAGCGAUGUCAGAGAAAAACAACGAAGAAAAAAAUAAAAAUCCAGCCAAUUUAAAUGAUACAAAUGAAGAUGGUGAAAUAUUAACAUUGUCAGAUCUGUUGAAUGAACAACGCGAAAUCGACGAGGACGCCCUUGCUGUUCUAGGUGGAUCUGACGAAAAUCAUUGCACAUAUUCAGAGGGAUAUAUUAAACGACAAGCAUUAUAUGCGUGUUUGACAUGCUUGCCGGAGUCGAAGGAUAAGCCUGAAAAACGAGCUGGCGUUUGCUUGGCAUGUAGUUAUCGUUGUCACGAUGGACAUGACUUGAUAGAAUUAUACACGAAGCGUAACUUUCGAUGUGAUUGUGGUACAUCCAAAAUUUUGGCGAUACGAUGCAAAUUAGACGCCAAUAAAAUGGAUGACAAUGAUAAAAACACGUACAAUCAAAACUUUUCGGGCGUUUACUGUGUGUGCCAUCGACCAUAUCCAGACGAACAGGAUGAUAUUCAAGAUGAAAUGAUACAAUGCGUGUUCUGUGAAGAUUGGUUCCACUCAAGACAUUUAAAUGCAAUCGUACCCGAACCAAAUGCAUUCGAUGAAAUGAUUUGUGAUUCGUGUACGUUGAAAAAUGACUUCCUGAACUACUAUAGCGGUUAUUGUAUCACAUCAAAUGCUGAUGAUAUCAACACAACGAUUAACACAAGUGAUGAAUUAAAUGUCACCGACAAUGAUGUUGCCAACAAGUCAACAGCAACCGAGAAAGGAUCUGCCGAAACUGAGAAAAAAGAUAUCGAGAAGAAAGAUGCCAGUCUGAAUGCUGAAAUAAAUCAGUGCAUCCAAGAUAUUAUUGAAAUUAAUAAAAAUAACGUACAAUCCGAAAAUUCCACAAGCUCCACAAAUAAACGGUCUUCGAAUACAAACGACGACACUCCACCGAAUAAAAAGUUCAAAAUCGAUGAAGAGGCAGCUUCAUCGAGCAGCGAUGUUUGUCAAAAGCCAACUGUUGCUCUGUCCAAAUUUGCUGGUGCUUCGUUCUGGCCGAUCGAAUGGCGAACAAAAAUUUGCAAGUGUUCACAAUGUUUGCAAAUGUAUAAAAAGAAUGAUGUUGAAUUUUUACUCGACGACGAAGACACUGUACAUGCCUACCAAGAAAAAGGAAAAGCAAAAGCAGAAAACCGUAAUACCUCAAUUCAAGAUAUUCAAGAAGAGACAAUGCGCGCUAUCUCCGGCUUGGAUCAUGUGGCUCAAAUAGAAACGGUCAUGGCAUACAAUAAGCUCAAGAAAAAAUUAACGGAGUUCCUAGCACCAUUUGUGCAAUCAGAACAAGUUGUUACAGAGAAAGAUGUGGCCACAUUUUUCCAAACAAUGGGAAAGAAAGGAUAAAAUAUGAUGUUGUCAAUUGAUCAACAUGGCGUCUCGUGCGCAAUAAAUUCAUCAUCAACAUAAAAGCAUUUUUUAAUCAAAUAAGAGUAUCCAUUUUUUAGACCUUUUUGGAAUAGAUGAUUAAAAAAAAAUGAAAAUAAAAUUUCCCAAAAAUAUGGCAGUUAUACAAAAGAAAAAUACUUGAAUC